GGGGGAGGUGGCCUGCCCAUUUAUAGGCUUGCUCUCUGGGAUGCUGAAGGUGCUAAAAUAGCAGCGAGGACAAGAGACUUGGCUCAGUGUUGGGAAUCGCCCCGCUGCCUGAAAGCCCGUGAGAUGACAAUAGGGAACAUGGAGAACGUGGAGGUCUUCACUUCUGAAGGCAAAGGCCGGGGUCUGAAGGCCACCAAGGAGUUCUGGGCUUCGGACGUCAUCUUUGCCGAGCGGGCGUAUUCGGCAGUGGUUUUCGACAGCCUCGUUAACUUUGUGUGCCACACCUGCUUCAAGAGGCAGGAGAAGCUCCAUCACUGCGGGCAGUGCAAGUUUGCCCGUUACUGUGACCGCACCUGCCAGAAGGAUGCGUGGGUAAACCACAAGAAGGAGUGUUUGGCCGUCAAAAGAUACGGGAAGGCGCCCAAUGAGAACAUCAGGCUGGCUGCGCGCAUCAUGUGGCGGGUGGAGAGAGAGGGCACCGGGCUCACAGAGGGCUGCCUGGUGUCCGUGGACGACCUGCAGAACCACGUGGAGAACUUUGGGGAGGAGGAGCAGAAGCAGCUGCGGGUGGACGUGGAUACGUUCUUACAGUACUGGCUGCCCCAGAGCCAGCAGUUCAGCAUGCAGUACAUCUCGCACAUCUUCGGCGUGAUUAACUGCAAUGGUUUCACUCUCAGUGAUCAGAGGGGCCUGCAGGCAGUAGGCGUGGGCAUCUUUCCCAACCUGGGCUUGGUGAACCAUGACUGUUGGCCCAACUGCACCGUCAUCUUUAACAAUGGCAAUCAUGAGGCAGUGAAAUCCAUGUUUCACACCCAGAUGAGAAUUGAGCUCCGGGCCCUGGGCAAGAUCUCAGAAGGCGAAGAGCUGACCGUGUCCUAUAUCGACUUCCUUAAUGUCAGCGAAGAACGCAAGAAGCAGCUGAAGAGGCAGUACUACUUCGACUGCACGUGUGAGCACUGCCAGAAAGGGCUGAAGGACGACCUCUUCCUGGGGGUGAAAGAGGACCCAAAGCCCUCUCAGGAUGUUGUCAAGGAGAUGAUACAGGUCUCCAAGGAUACACUAGAAAAGAUAGACAAGGCUCGCUCUGAGGGCUUUUACCAUGAGGUUGUGAAGUUGUGCCGGGAGUGCCUGGAGAAGCAGGACACCGUGUUUUCUGACACCAAUAUCUACAUGCUGAGGAUGCUGAGCAUUGUUUCUGAGGUCCUCUCCUACCUCCAGGCGUUUGAGGAGGCCUCCUACUAUGCCAGGAGGAUGGUGGAUGGCUAUGUGAAGCUCUAUCACCCCAACAAUGCCCAACUGGGCAUGGCCGUGAUGCGGGCAGGGCUGACCAACUGGCAUGCUGGUAACAUUGAGGUGGGGCAUGGUAUGAUCUGCAAAGCCUAUGCCAUUCUCCUGGUGACACAUGGACCUACCCACCCAAUUACCAAGGACUUAGAGGGCAUGCGGAUGCAGACGGAGAUGGAGCUGCGCCUGUUCCACCAGAACGAGUUCAUGUACCGCAAGAUGCGCGAGGCUGCCCUGAACAACCAGCCCAUGCAGGUCAUGGCUGAGCCCAGCAGUGAGCCGACGCCAUCUCUGUUCCAUAAGAAGCAAUGAGGACCUUCCUGCAUCCGGUUUGGAAGUCAUCCCAUCUGUGAAGUCUUCCUUGAAUGCCUUCAAUUCAGCUGGCUGCCUGAGUCUCUGGUAUUACCCUCGAAUCUUCCAUCAUAACUCUUGCCUCAUGGCAGUAUAAUUCUCUGCCUCCUCUGUCAGAUUGUGAGCUCCUGGAGGACAGGAGCUGUGUCCCUUUAUUCAUCUAUCUAUCCCCAGAACCUAGCACAGGUCCUGAAACAUUGUAGGUGCUCAGUUAAUGUGUGUUGAAUGAAUGAAUAAGUGAAUGAAUUUACUUCUCAGAGCAGAAGAUAUAGGAACUGUGCAUUUUGAGUUUUUAUGUUACAGCCAUCAACAAAGGCCAUUAAAUCCACUGUUUCCAAACAGA